GAUAAACCGCAUGUGGAGGAGAACAGAAUUGUUUCGAGAAAGCAUGACAUCCGAUAGGAAUCUCUUUGAGGAAGAGGACACAGAGAAACUUCAGAGAAGAUUUCAAAGACGGGAACAGGAAAAACCAGUCCAGAGCGUUGGACUACAAACACAGAAAGACUUCAGUUUGUGAUGGCAGUAGGAUAGGAGGAUAAACCGCAUGUGGAGGAGAACAGAAUUGUUUCGAGAAAGCAUGACAUCCAAUAUGAAUCUCUUUGAGGAAGAGGACACAGAGAAACUUCAGAGGGUGAUCCAGUCACUGGAGCGAGUCUGUAUGAUUGAGAAUAAGAGAGCAGACUCUCCUGAACCCAGCUGUGUGUCCAUGAAGGGUGAAAACUCAGUGGAGAGAGGCCUAAGCUUCAGUGAGACAAUCUGUCCUGAGCAGAGCUCGGUGCCUGGUAAAAGAGCAGAUCCUCCUGAACCCAGCUGUGUGUCCAUGAAGAGUGAAAACUCAGCGUACAGAGGACUAAGCUUCAGUGAGACUGUCUGCAACACUGAGCUGAGUUCAGAGCAGGGUAAGAGAUCAGAUCCCCCUGAUCCCCACUGUGUGUCAAUGGAGAAUGAUCUGUCACGGCAAAAAGGCUUGGCUUGCUGGUCUAAUGAUUCAAGUUUGAUUCAGAAUAAGAGAGCAGAUCCUCCUGAACCCACUUACGUGUCCAUAAGUGGUGAACACUCUGUAUACAGAAGCGUAAGCUUUACCGAGGCAGACUUUACCACUGAGCAAAGCGAUCAAAAGCAGACAUCAAAUGAAUCACAAUUGGAGUGCGUGUUCGAGGAACUAGUAGACAAAAGCAUCUCUCUCCUCAAGAAUGAUCUGAUAAGGUUUAAGAAGUUAAUGAGUACAGAAAACCAGCUAUGCUCUGAGAGAGAACAUCCUGAAGAUUCACAACAGAAUAGUGCCAGGGAGGGAGCACUGAAGAUCGCGCUGCAUGUUCUAAAGAGCAUGAACCAGGAAGACCUUGCUAAUGGACUGCAAAUCAGACUGACACCUGCUUGCCAGCAAAGCCUCAAAUCUUACCUAAAGGAAAAGUUUCAGAAAAUUUAUGAAAGGAUUUCACAUCAUACAACCUCUACACUUCUAAACAAAAUCUACACCGAGCUCUAUGUGACAGAGGAUGGCAGUGAAGAGUUCAAUAAUGAACAUGAAGUGAGACAAAUAGAGACAGCCUCCAAAAGACCAUCACCAGAAACAUCCAUCAAAUGCAGUGACCUCUUUAAAAAUGAUGUCGUCAGAACUGUGCUGACUAAAGGAGUUGCUGGAAUUGGAAAAACAAUCUUUGUGCAGAAGUUCAUUCUCGAUUGGGCUGAGGGAAAAUCAAAUCAGGGUGUCAACUUCAUAUUUCCACUUCCUUUUAGGGAGCUGAAUUUAAUGAGGAAUGAAUUUCUCAGUCUGGAGAAUCUUCUUCAUCAAUUUUUCCCAGACACAAAACAGCUGAGACCACUUGACUAUGUUCACAACAAAGUCCUGUUCAUUUUUGAUGGUCUAGAUGAAAGUCAACUUCCUCUAGAUUUCCAUAACAAUGAGAGAAUAACUACUGUAACGCAGGUGGCCUCAGUGGAUGCACUGAUAACGAACCUCAUCAAGGCAAACCUGCUUCGCUCUGCUCUUCUCUGGAUAACUUCUCGACCUGCAGCAGCCAGUCAGAUUCCUUUUGAUUGUAUUGACCAGGUAACAGAGGUACAAGGGUUUAAUGAUCAUCAAAAGGAGGAGUACUUCAGGAAGAAAAUCAUUGACCAAAGCCUGGCCAACAGAAUCAUCACACACAUUAAGUCAUCAAGAAGCCUCUACAGCAUGUGUCACAUUCCAGUCUUCUGUUGGAUUGCAGCCACUGUCCUAGAGGAGAUGCUGGGUGAUGCAGAGAUUAAGGAGAUCCCCAAAACUCUGACUCAAAUGUUUACACGCUUCCUGAUUUUUCAAAUCAAACUGAGUGGACAGAAGUACCAAGGAAAGACAGAAACUGAUCCUGACCAGAUUAAUGAGGUUGUUUGGAAACUAGGAAAACUGGCUUUCCAUAAACUGGAAGAAGGCAAUUUGGUCUUCUAUGAGGAAGACCUGAAGCAGUGUGGAAUUGACAGAGAAAUGUCAAUCUUCUCUGGUUUGUUCACUCAGAUCUUUACCCAAGACUUUGGGUUGCAUCUUGGGAAAGUGUUCAGCUUUGUGCACCUGACUGUUCAGGAGUUUCUUGCUGCUUUAUAUGCAUUUUUCUCCUUCAUCCUUAACAACAAGAAUGUUCUAGAAAAAACAGGAUUGCGGCAUUGCUUUGGCAAAUCUACAGUGUCUGAUUUCUUAAAACAUGCGGUCAACAAAGCCUUAGAGUCUAAGAAUGGACAUCUAGACCUUUUCCUUCGCUUUCUUCUCGGCCUCUCAGUGGAGUCAAAUCAGACUUUCUUUCGAGGCCGACUUCCACAGUCAGCAAGCAGCUCUGAUAGCAAAGAGGCAACGGUAAAUUACAUCAAGAGGAAGAUCAGGGAGAAUGCUUCUCCUGAGAAGUCCAUCAAUCUGUUCCACUGUCUGAAUGAACUAAAUGAUCAUUCUCUAGUGCAUGAAAUCCAAAGAUUCCUUAGCACAGGUGGUAGCUAUUGUCUUAGGGACAGUAAGCUCUCUCCAGCUCAGUGGUCAGCUCUGGUGUUUGUGUUGCUGAACUCAGAAGAAAAGCUGGAUGAAAUUGAACUUUGUAAAUAUGACCCAUCAGAGGAAUGUCUCCAAAGACUGUUUCCAGUGGUCAAGGCAUCCAGAAAAGCUUUGUUGUGGUCAUGUAAUCUCACCGAGAAAAGCUGUGAAGUUCUGGCCUCAGCUCUGAGCUCAAGCCCUUCCACUCUAAAAGAAUUGGACCUCACUAACAAUAAACUGCAAGAUUCAGGAGCAAUAUUGCUCUAUACUGGACUGAAGAGUUCACAUUGUAAACUUGAUAUAUUGAGGCUGUGUAUAUGCAAUCUGACAGAGAGAAGCUGUGCUGAUCUGGCUUCAGCUCUAAGCUCAAACUCAAGUCUGAAAGAACUCGACCUGAAUAAUAAUGAACUGCAUGAUUCAGGUGUGAAGGAUCUCUCUGCUGGACUGGCUAAUCCACGAUGUAAACUGGAGAUUCUAAGGUUAUCUUCCUGUAACCUCACAGAGGAAAGCUGUGCAGUUCUGGCCUCAUGUCUCAACUCAAACUCUUCAUGUUUGAGAGAACUGGACCUGAGUAGUAAUAAACUGCUAGAUUCAGGCUUGCAGCUGCUCUCCACUGGACUGGAAAAUAGGCAGUGUAUUCUUGAGAAACUGGGUCUGUGUAACUGCAGUAUCACAGAGGAAGGAUGUGAUGCUCUGGUUUUAGCACUGAAAUCAAACCCCUCAUUACCGCUGAGAGAUCUCAACCUGAAACACAAUCUACCAGGUGAUUCCAAACCUAAAGAACUUCUGGCCCUACAGAAGGACCCCCAAUAUAAACUGGAGACACUACUAAUUUAAGUGACCUGUUACGUCUAAGGGAAAGUUAUAAGGAGGAAAAUUCUAUGAACAUAGUGAACACACUUACAUUUUGAAAAUCUUGAUACAAUAUAAACAAUUAACAACAGAUUUAGAUAUUGUAUGUGGAACAUGUAAUCAGUUAGAUUUUAAAAUGUCAGUGAUUACUCUGUGAUUGUAAAAAUUGUUAGAAAACUGAAGAAUAUAUGUGAUGCUUUUUAUAUAUUUAAUAUAAUAUUAAUUAAAUUAAUUUAUUUUUAUCCUUUUAGGAAAGAUCUUUAAGAAUAUAAAGCUAGGCAUCUGUCCAAAGUGAUCUCUUUGUAAGUGCACUUAAUGGUUAUUUAAGCAAUUCUGUAAAUUAACCACUUUUAUUUCCACAAAUAAUUAAUAUUCUUUAUUUACAAUUUACUUUUAAAAAAUCUAAUGGAAUCAAAUAAAAUUGUUGUAUGGCAUCUCUCAAGCCCAUUUUGAGGCACAUUGUAUGUAUGUAUUUGACAAUGUAUGUUUUAGGAACAAGAUUUGAUUUAUUAAUUGAGUAACAUAUAUUAAAGAGUAUUAAGUAUUAAUUUUAAUAAUACUCUUUAUAUCACAGUUUGUAUAGCUGUAUUAGAUAUGAUGCUGUGAAGUAUUAUAUAUAUGUAAUAACAUUUUGAUUUGGAUAUUCACUGCUUCCACAUUUGUGUCAUUUAACCCCUGAAUAAAAAAAAAAUAUAUAUUAGUUGUGUAAUUACAUAAUAGAAUUCCACUACGUGUUCCAUUUGCAUUUUAACACAUUGAAAACAUUUAGCUUCAGCACCAGAUUCACCACCUUCAUCAUCAUGCAAACUACUUUUCUCAUUCUCAUCAUAAAUAUCUUCUUCAUCAUUAUAAUGCACACUACCUUCAUUAUCAAUAUCAAGCACAACAUCUUUCUUAUACUCGUCAUACACCACCUUCAUCACCCUUGUCAUACACACCACCUUCAUCGUCAUCCUCAUCUUCAUCACUGUCUUCAGCAUGUACACUGUUUUGAAAAAGUGUUUGGCCCCUUCACGAUUUCUUAUUUUUUGCAUGUGUCACUCUUAAAUGGUUUAGAUCAUCAACUUAAUUUGAAUAUAAGUCACAGUCAACACAAGCUAAUGCAAAAAUAUUUUUUUAAAGGAAGAUUUUUUAUUAUUGGGAGAAAAAAACAAAACAUACAUGGCCCUGUGUAAAAACCUAAUAACUAGUCGGGCCACCCUUUGCAGCAACAACUGCAAUCAAGUAUUUGCGGUAACUUGCAAUGAGUCUUUCACAGACCUGUGGAGGAAUUUUAGAUCCACUCAUAAUUCCACCACAUUGGAGGAUUUUCCAGCAUGAACCACCUUUGACUAGGCCACUUCAAAGUCUUCAUUUGGUUUGAGAGGUGGACUUGCUGAUGUGUUUUGCAUCAUUGUCCUGCUGCAGAACCUAAAGUCGUUUCAGUUUAAGGUCAAAUAAUGAAGUGGGCAAACACUUUUUCACACCACUGUACAUUCCCUUCAUCUUUUUUCACACCAAUUUCCUCAUCCUCAUCAUACACACCACUUUAGUCAUCCAUAUCUUCAUCAAUAUGCACAUCAACAUCCUCAUCAUACACAUCACCGUAGUCCUCAUCAUAAUUGACACCACCUUAAUCAUCAUGAACAUUGUUGUCUGAAUUUCCUCCAUAUAGCAGUUUAGUCUCUGGGUUGUUUCGGUUCUUUCCUGCACUGUAAAAAUUUGAUGCAUUUUGUAAAAAGAAACAAUUAAAGUACUGUUUUAGUCAAAUACAGAA